AUGCCUUCUCUCGGCUUUCUCAAGAAAAAGAGGACGCGGGAUAGCAACCCCGACCCCUCUACCUCCACCCCCACCAGCCCAGUUGCUGCUACAUCUCCGUCGAAGCCGUUCGAUUCUUCUACACUGCAGCAGCGAACCUCUGGCUCGCAAGCAAAGACGGCUCCUGGAACUGCUCCAGCUCCAUCUCAAGGCUCAGCUGCCACUGCUGCGCCUGCUUCCCAGCAACAACAGAUGAAUCCCGCAAACGCCCAAGGCGGCACCUUCGUCACUCCAUUGCCCAUGCAAACGAACCAAGCCGAUUCCCAGAGCCUUCCUAGCAUCAAUAACCUCAUCCACCAACCCCAGAAUGGUGCCUCUACAAACAACUACUCUUCCUUCAACCCUGCUGCCCUCGGCGCCCAGAUCAGCCAUCCUCCCAGUGCAAGUCCCGGAACCGAUCCCGGCCACAUGCAACAACAGCAGCAACAGGCUUAUCCACAGCCAGCAAUGCAACCACAGCAACAAGCUGGACACUUGCCGGAUCAGCAGCAGCAACAAUAUCAACAGCAGCAGCAUGAGCAGCGUGUCCACCACCAGCACCAGGGAAGCGUCACCCGCGUCACAAAGGGAAAAUAUUCGUUGGGCGACUUCGACAUACUGAGGACGCUCGGGACUGGUAGCUUCGGACGAGUCCAUCUGGUCCAAUCGAAGCAUAACCAACGAUUCUACGCCAUCAAGGUGCUCAAGAAGGCUCAAGUUGUCAAGAUGAAGCAGGUUGAGCACACCAAUGAUGAACGGAGGAUGUUGAGCGAUGUCAAACAUCCAUUCUUGAUUACCCUCUGGGGCACUUUUCAAGAUUGGAAGAAUCUGUACAUGGUAAUGGAUUUUGUUGAGGGCGGAGAGCUAUUCUCACUGCUAAGGAAAUCCGGUCGUUUUCCCAACCCUGUUGCCAAGUUCUAUGCUGCCGAAGCGACUCUUGCCCUCGAAUACCUCCACUCGAAGAAUAUUAUAUAUCGAGAUCUAAAGCCCGAGAACUUGCUACUGGAUCGGCACGGGCACCUCAAAAUCACGGAUUUUGGGUUUGCCAAACGGGUUCCAGACAAGACUUGGACUUUGUGCGGUACGCCAGAUUAUCUCGCACCCGAGGUAGUCUCUAACAAGGGUUACAACAAAAGUGUGGAUUGGUGGUCAUUGGGCAUUUUGAUCUACGAAAUGCUGUGUGGCUAUACGCCGUUCUGGGACAGCGGCUCGCCGAUGCGUAUAUACGAAAAUAUCCUGAAGGGUAAGGUCAAGUACCCUGCAUACAUCAACACGGAUGCGCAAAAUUUGCUGGAGAGGUUAAUCACAUCCGACCUCACCAAGAGACUGGGUAACUUAUAUGGCGGUUCACAAGAUGUCAAGAACCAUCCAUGGUUCUCGGAGGUGACGUGGGAUAGACUGGCCCGCAAGGACAUUGAUGCCCCAUAUACGCCGCCAGUGAAGGCCGGUACGGGCGACGCAAGCCAGUUUGACAGAUAUCCCGAGGACCCUGAGAAGUAUGGAGGCAUUGGAGGGUCAGAUGAAUACGGACACAUGUUUACCGAUUUUUGA